CAUUUUUAUCUAAUUAGUACAUGGAUAUAUCUUUGAUGUGCUUAUUUUGUAAAGUAUUGUCAUAACUAUCGCACUUUUAAAAUGAUACGUUUAUUAAUAUUGCUGGCUUUAAUAACUGGUCUUAAAGAAUGCAUUGCAGUAAAAAACGUCAUCGUUGAAUACAUUCCUGAAAAAGUAGUUGAAGGCAAUGACGUCGAGCUUACAUGUCAAUACGAUUUAGAAGGCGAUAUUUUAUUUGCUAUCAAAUGGUAUAGAGGCCAAUCGGAAUUUUUUAGGUACACCAAGCACGAACAACCACAAAUAAAAACAUUUCCUUUGAAAAAUAUAAAUGUAGAUAUUUCUGCAAGUUCUGUUGAUAAAGUGAAAUUAGUUAAUGUUACAACAGGAACUAAAGGAAAAUAUAAGUGUGUAGUACUUCCAGAUGGUCCCGCUUAUAAUAGAAAUGGUGUGGGUAAAAAAAAACUAGUUGUUUCGGCAGCCCAGCAUAAAACACUUAUUCACAGUGACAUUAACACAACGAUUCCUGCUCUUGUUAAGGUUUCUGAUACAGCAAACAUUUCAUGUUCAUACAGCCCUACGAAAAAUUCAGCAACUCUGAAAUCUGUUGCCUGGAAAAAAAAUGGAAAAUUAUUCUAUAAAUACGAACCAGAGACUGAAUUUAACAUAGCACUACAGCUGCAUAAAUUGUCAGGAAUAAACUUUUCAGUCAUACAAACGUCAAACUUAACUGAAAUAUCCAUACAUAAAGCAACUGCAGAUACUGAAGGCGAAUAUACCUGUCAAGUUGAUUAUGGAUCCGUAACAUUAAUAAGUUCACGAAUUUUGUUAGUAAAAGAACAAACUUCAAAACCUGUAAUCGUAACAGUACCGGCGCUGGUGAAUAAGGGAGAAAAUGUUCUAUUGAAAUGUCGGUAUAAGUUGAGAGGGUCAGAAAUCGGUAGCGUUAAAUGGUUCAAAGGAAAUAGAGAGUUUUUCAGCUACACAGUUGACGAAGAACCCACGAUAACUCCUAUUGAUGGAGUUGACGUUCAAGACUUGAUAACGGAUGAUGAAUACAGAAGUUUCGUCUCGACAAUAUUACUAAAGCAAGUUAAUUUUGAUACAGCUGGUAAAUACAGGUGUACCGUCACACCAGAUGGAGGCCAUUUACAAUUCAGUGAUUCUGGUAUCCUUUCUGUACUCCGACUUCCACAUGGUGAACCAACUAUUUUUGUAGAAAACGAUUAUCUUAGAUAUGGUGAUCAAGUACAUGCUGAAUGUGCUUCACCACCUUCCUAUCCAUAUGCCAAUGUUACCUGGUUUCUAAAUGAAAAUGAGAUUUUGGGCAAGGAUAUUAAAGAUUUGAACGACCACGUGACCAUUGGCUUUCCCUAUCCAACGACUUCUAAACUAUCACACCGUGUUGAUUUUCAAUAUGAAAACACUGUAAAUCUCACCUGUGUUGUAACAAUUUCAGACGUAUAUAGAUCAGAAAAAACUGUUAAAAUAGAAAGAGAUAAUUCUGUGCCCAAUAGAUUCAACGAUUACUCUUCUAUGGCGAUGUCCUCUGGAUACAAGUUUUUGAUCAUGCCAACCUACAUAAUAAGUAUUGUCUCGUCUUUAGUUUUAGUUAACUGGUAAAAAAUGUACGUUUAAAACAUUACUAUGAUUAACUGAAUAAAAUGUUUACAAAAAUG